UGUGCGUUAGCAAGUAGCAACUGGCAACACUAACAACAUCGUAAACCGUACCUACAGUUUUUAGGGCGGAGCGAGCCAAGACAAGCUUUAAUAUUUAUAAGUAAUUCUAAAGGCUUGUUGUGCUACAAUUUCGCUUAGAAAUGGCAUUCCUAAAUAGUAAUAUGCAAAGGAUAUGCCGCAUGAUUGAUCUUUUUAUGUAAAGUUAUAAAAGAGUUCUAAAUUGUCAAUAUUGACAAGCAGAUCAAAAUGUCGAAGCGUGCCGCAGAAGAAAGCGGCAAUGGCAGCAGCCAACCCCCAAUCAAAAAGGUCCACUUCGAGCCUCAUCUCAUCGGGCCCGUGUCCACUUUAGAAGAAAUGGACAUAAAAGUAUUACAAUUUCAAAACAAGAAGUUGGCUCAGAGAAUAGAACAACGUCAUAGAUGUGAGGCAGAGUUGCGUGCACGCAUCGAACAACUUGAAAAGAGACAAACACAGGAUGAUGCUGUGCUCUGUGUUGUGAAUCGGUAUUGGAACCUUUUGAAUGAAGACAUAAGGGUGUUACUGCAGCGGUUUGACGCAGAGACUGCGGACGAGUCGGAGAACAAGAAUGAAAAUGAAGCAACUACAUCAUUCCUCAUGCAGUUGUCCACGUGGGACAAAGAAGAGUUGGAUGCACAACUUGCAAACAGGGUACAAGUCAGCAAACGGGCUGUGGCGAAGGUGUUGCAAGCAUUUGACAGAUUACAACAAAGAAAUGAUAAAAUAUGGCGUGCUAUAAAAGGAGAAGGGGAAGAGGGUGCGCCGGCGCCAUCACUGGAUGAAGUAGUGCGGGCCACUAACGAGGAGGUGACGGCCGAAAACUGCCGGCUGCAAGCGUUGUGCACGACACUGCACGAGAGCCAUCACGCCAUGACCUUACGAGUGGCGCGUCUGCAGGAUGCUGUCAACAGUCGUGACACUGAGAAUGCAGAGCUCAAGAACCAGAUUGACGACUUGCAGUAUGAGCUGAUGAAAGUGCGGUCGCGGAAUGAUAAGCUAGAGAAUCACCUGGCAGAGGCGAUAGAGAAGCUGAAGAGCUACCACCAGUCGGGAGGCGCGGUGGGGUCGAUGGGCGCGGUGCCAGCGCCUGCGCACGGCGCGGCCAACGCCAAGCUGGAGGAUGUCGCUGCCGAGCUGGAAGAACAGCGCGAGCUCGCCAACAACCGUCUUGCCGAGCUCGACCGCUUGCACCGGCAACACCGCGACACGCUCAAGGAGGUCGAGAAGCUCAAGAUGGACAUCCGCCAGCUGCCUGAAUCAGUAAUAGUGGAGACAACAGAGUACAAAUGUCUGCAAAGUCAGUUCUCAGUGCUGUACAACGAGUCGAUGCAGAUGAAGACGGCGCUGGACGAGACGCGGCUGCAGCUGCAGAACGCGAAGAACCUGCACAUGCGACAGAUCGAGAUGAUGGAGAGUGAAGAACUGGCUAGGCAAAAAGCUCUCAGAGCGGAAAUGAUACAACUGGAAGAUGUUUUAGGCCAACUCAGGAAGGAAUACGAAAUGUUACGCAUCGAGUUUGAACAGAAUCUCGCUGCGAACGAACAGACAGGCCCCAUCAACAGGGAAAUGAGACAUCUGAUCACGUCGCUGCAGAACCACAACCAGCAACUGAAAGGGGAAGUGCAUAGAUACAAGCGGAAAUAUAAAGAUACUAGUCAGGAAUUGAAUAAGGUACGUAAGGAGUUGGAGGAAGUAAACGCUCGGACAGGCGGCGCUGCGACCAGCGACCAGACUGAUGACAAACCUCUCACCGUGAAAAAAGAGGAACCCGAUCCAGAGGGCGAGGAGGGUCUGUGCGGGGACGUGAAGCCAGCGCAGGCGAAGGAGCACGGCCGCGCCAAGAUACAGGAGCAGGACCAGAUCAUCAAGGACCUCAAGCAGCAGCUCAAAAAGGCGGUGAACGAACAGAAAGAGCUGAAGCUACUCUUGGACAUGUACAAGGGGGUGAGCAAGGAACAGCGCGACAAGGUGCAGCUGAUGGCCGCUGAACGGAAGGCGAGGCAGGAACUCGAGGACCAUCGGCAGAAGGCUAAGAUGGCGCAGGUCAGCGUUAGUAUGAUUCUAUAUUUUAAGCAUGUCAACCGCUAACGUAGUCUGUAUCGUUCAUUUACUAACAGUAAUGUUCUGGGUAAUAAGCAUUUUCAUACAAACUUUGCAAUAAUUCAUUGAUUCUUAAUUAGCUGCCAUUUGCCAUUAUUCCCAUAUGUGAACCAGAAAAUAUAUAAUAACUCACCAUUAUUAUUCCAUUGCAAAGUAGGU